GCGGCGCCGGGCAGGGGGAGCGGCGGGCAGUGAUGGCGGCGGCGCGGCAGUGGGGCCCGCGGGGCUCGGCCGUGCUGGAGCUGCCCCGCACCCCGCGCUUGGUGUGCGUGGAGUACCCGGGGCUCGUCCGGGACGUCGGGGCCAUGCUGCGGACGCUGGGAGGAGAGCAGGGGGUGUCGCGGAUCUAUGCUGACCCUGCCAAAAGGCUGGAGCUGUAUUUCCGCCCCAAGGACCCCUAUUGCCACCCCGUGUGUGCCAACCGCUUCCCCACCUCCACCAUGCUGCUCAGGGUCAGGAGGAGCACCAAGCAGAAGCAGCAGUUGGAUGCCGAGGACCAAAUCCAGCCAGAAGUCCAGUUUGAGAUGGAGAUUCUUGGGAUUGUCAACACAGUUUACAAAUUUCAAGGAAUGUCUGACUUCCAGUACCUGGCAAUGCACUCUGGCCCUGAUGGCAAACAAACCUCCAUGUAUGACAAAGUCCUGAUGCUCAAACCAGAGAAGGAAGAAUUUUUCAAUAGGGACUUACCUCUUUAUAUCCCACCACCCAUUUUCUCACGUCUGGACACUCCUGUGGACUAUUUUUAUCGCCCAGAUAUACAGCACAGGGAGGGAUACAACAAUCCCCAGGUGUCUGGUGAGAACCUGAUUGGCCUCAGCAGGGCCCGGCGCCCACACAAUGCCAUCUUUGUCAACUUUGAUGAUGAAGAAAUCCCAACUAAACCACUGGAUGCUGCUGUACAGAACUGGAAGAAAGUGUGCACCAAUCCUGUGGAUAAAAAGGUGGAGGAAGAGCUGAGAAAGCUCUUUGAAGUGCGGCCUGUGUGGUCUCGGAAUGCAGUGAAAGCCAAUAUCAGUGUCCAUCCAGACAAGCUGAAGGUGCUGCUGCCAUAUUUGGCCUAUUACAUGUUAACAGGUCCUUGGAGAAGCUUAUGGGUUAGGUUUGGGUAUGACCCCAGAAAACACCCUGAAGCAAAGAUUUAUCAAGUGCUGGACUUCCGAAUUCGCUGUGGAAUGAAAUAUGGUUAUGCUGCUACUGACAUGCCUGUGAAAGCAAAACGCAGCACAUACAACUACAGCCUGCCCAUCACUGUCAAGAAACAAGGAAGUCACACAGUCAGUGUCCAUGACUUGAAACAGGGGCUGGGUUCAGCUGGUACAUCUGGGGCAAAAAAGCCUCCCUCCAGCAGGUAUAAGCUGAAGGAAUCCAUCUACAUUUUCCGAGAAGGAGCUUUACCCCCUUACCGACAGAUGUUCUACCAGCUCUGUGACUUAAAUGUGGAAAGCCUGCAGAAGAUCAUCCAUCGGAAUGACGGUGCAGAGUCGGAAUGCACAGAGCGGGAUGGGUGGUGCCUUGCCAAGACAAGUGAUGACCUGAGGGACAGCAUGUCCCUGAUGAUAAAGCAGAUCAUCAGAUCUACCAGACCUGCUCUUUUCUCAAAUACAACAAGCAGUGAAGAUGGCAAAGAACAGCUGGCAUAUGAGUCUGGAGAGGAUGAGGAUGAUGAAGAGGAGGAGGAAGAAGACUUCAAGCCUUCUGAUGGGAGUGAAAAUGAAAUGGAGACAGAAAUGCUGGAUUAUAUGUGAAGUCAGUGAGCAGUGUGGCUGCUGUGGACAGGUCUCUGCUCUUGCUCCUUGAGAGAGCCAAGGGUUCAGGAUCUGGGAAAGCAGAGCUUGUACUAAGCUGAUGAUGUUCUUUCUUCACUGACUGCUGGUGGGCAGCAUUCUGGAUGUUUGGGAGCCACUGCCUGCAUUGUCAGAAUUGCUGGCUGAGACUCUCCAGCAAGCUCAAGAAACUCUCAAGAGUAAGCCCAGCUGGAAACACCAGAAUAUGGGAGAAGCUGCAUUCCCAAAUCUCUCCAUGUGUGGGAGGAGUGCACUCUCCAGGUUGGCGGCCAUGUGGAAAAUAGGUGCCUGAGGAUGUGCUGGGAGAAGCAGCAGUCCAGUGCUCCUGGAGUCCCUAAGGCAGGUUCUGCUCUUCUACUUGUCCAGAGGGAAUGAAAAUACUAUGCCAUGCCUUCAGCACUGAGCCUUGCUGGUCAUCUUGGAAAUAAAGCCCACAGGAAAAUACACUUUCUGUCAGGGAGUAGUUCCCUUCCUGGAAAUGUAGUGUUUGUUGUCCUCAUUAGCUGGUGCACUUCUCGGGUCUGUUGACUUCCCCAGCUAGCAGUUAACAAGGACUGAAGGCAGCUGGCAGAACUUCAGGUACAUAAAGGUUGGCCACUGCAAGCUGCAUUGUUCCCACCAAAACAAAGUCCCAAAAAUUAAAGAGCUACUGGCAGUUUCUGGAUCUUGGGCAUUCCCCAGCGUGUUCUAAGCACGCCUGACAGCCAAGCUUUCCUUUUUAAAAGGAGUAAGACCGCCUCUUCUCCACUGAGGAGGCCCUAUGGUCUGUUACAGUUGCUUUUAAAGCUGUUACAUGUAGCAAAAGUAGUAAACCCAACAAAUUAUAGCAACACUUUCGGUUCACAGGUUCAAAGAAUGAGAUUCAUUUCAAAAUUGAAUCCUAAUCCCUCAGCCAAACAGUCUAUUUUUCAAAGCAAAUUUCAACCCACCACAGGGAACAUAAAGUAUGAACUCCCCCACAGUCAGGUCCAUCCCUCUUUCCUCCAGGAAAUUUUGCUGGAAUUUUGGGGAAGGAGGACAGGACAAGCCCUGCCUUGGGGCAGAGACAUUUGAGUAUCAGUAUUUUAUUGCAAAGACUAAUUACAUUGCUGUGUACAAGUCACACCGGGUAGUGUGCUCCUUCAUUGAAGUGGUACAAAAUACAUACGGUACAGCCAGUCCCCGCUGUGGCACCGGCAGGAGGGGAGGGGACAGUCCCAGGGCAGGCAGGCACGAAGCAGAGGGAACACCCUCCCAGGGGUGCUGGUGCCCAGGGUAAGCGGCUUUGGGCAGGGGGAGAGGCAGGAGGCUGCCCCUGCGUCAAGGAGCCAGGAGCUCCCAUCAUGUGCAUCAUGGGCAGCGUCAGCCGUGGGGCUGGAGGAGCUCUGUGUCAGCCACACUCACACCCAAGCAGCUUCUUCCCCACCAGGCCCAACCCCUGCCACCAGCCCCAGCCCCUGGAGUAUGGUCCCUUGUCCUCGGGCUGGGGAAGGCACCGCAACCACCCAGGAGCUCUGACGGAUGGGAAAUGGAAAAGAUCUGGAAUGAAGCUCUUAAAAAACAGAGAUGGAGCCAGGAGCAACAAAAGGUCCCCCUUUGGUUAGUGUUUCCUACAAUGAUUAAAACAAGCAUCUCUGCCCCUGCUUGAGCAAUUAGUGGUAGAGAAUUUGGGAGGGCGGGGGCUGGCAGGGUCUGCACCCUAUGAGCGCAGCAGAGCAAUGCUGCUGCUGCUGCCAGCAUCCCUCCCAGCAGCCUUAAAUACCGGGGGGGGCACAGGACAGGGACUGGGCUGCAGGGCAGGGGGAGGCUGGAUUAGUAAAAUGUACAAGUUUGCCUCUUCUAUUUACAACCAAUAAAUACUGAAAAAAAAAAAAAAUCAGUAAACUUUUUUGUUUUAUACAAAAAAAGUCUCAUUGCUGCUUCUCCCAUGGUCAGUGUUUGAAAAAGUCCGGUUAAAGCCCAAGGUGAGUGGCACUUUCUGUGGGUCAGGCAGUGGCAGCUGGGGCACGUGGAGCACCCUGAGCUCUCUGGCCCCUUGCAUGCCCACAGACCCAAAGUCUAUUUACAGUUUCAGACAGAACUUUGCUCUCCUCCUCCUCAGGCUGGCAGCACUGGGGGCAUGGCCUGAAGCUCCCCCUUAGCAGAAGAGACACUGGCAUUUGAUCUUUGGUGCAAGUUUGAACGUGGGCCAGCCCAGUCCAGCUGGAGGAUGCGCUGGAUCAGGAGACGAGCAAGACCACACAGGCUUCCAGCUGGGGAGAGCACGAGGCACCCACUCCAUCAUGGUACGGCCACAGCCUCCUCUGCAGGGCUCAGCACUGGUGCAGGGCUGCAUCCUUUCAGCUCACCUCCCAGCCCAGGGCAGCUGUGGCUUCUCCCAAGUAAAGGACAGGCAGAGCAGUGCAGUGGUGGCAAUGCCAGUGAUCCCAGGGAGGACAGACGUGGAGGUAACACUGGGAGAGCUGGGAAGGAAGCAUGGCAGCCCCUCCCAGGCUGGUGGUGACUGCUGCUCUGCUCUGUCACGCAGCCCCUCUGCAAGUUACCGCUCCCCCAGCUCCCUCAGACACAAGGCACCUACGGCAGAGGCGGGCUCCAGCUCUGGGCUGGCCGGGCUGGACAAGAGUCACACUGUGGAAGGUUAAAAAACAAAACAAAA